AUGGCCUUCACCAUCUCGGAUCCUAAGGAGACUGCCCCAAAAGACUCCAAUGAGGGACUCAUAAGGGCUGUUCUGGAGGCAAAGAAGCAGACUGAGAAGUUUGAAGAAAAGAAGAAGGAGAGAAGAGUUGAAGAGAAACGAGCAGAGGAAGAUGAAGUUGCCCGGCUGGAGAAAGAGAAGAAGAAAAAACAGAGAAGUGAAAGAAAACAACGCAGUCCUCUUGGAGUUUUAGAACGAGUUGUGGAACUCAAGAACAACUUAAAGCAACGGAAAACAAUGGAGAAGCUUCCAUUGUGCACUCAAAUUCGCAAGCUCCAUGAGCAGGAGUUUGUGGAUUUUGUCAUUAAAGAGUUUGAGUUAGCUAUUCACGUAACUAUUCGUGAUGCCUUAAGCUAUAGGGUCCAAUUAAGGUCUCUUGUAGCUCAAUGGAUUCAAGUAACUAUGAUCUUGAACGAGGUUCUCAGGUUGUAUACACCUGUGAGUAUGUUUGAGCGUCUUGUUAAAAAAGAAACAAGACUUGGAAAUUUGAUUUUACCAGCAGGAGUGAUGGUGGGCUUACCAAUUGUUCUUAUCCAUUGUGAUCCUGAGUUAUGGGGAGAAGAUGCAUAUGAAUUUAAACCAGAAAGAUUUUCUGAGGGAGUUUCCAAAGCAACCAAUAAUCCAAGUGCUUAUGUACCAUUUGGCUGGGGUCCUAGAAUAUGCAUAGGACUAAACUUUGCCAUGAUUGAAGCAAAAAUGGCAUUAUCAAUUAUCCUACAACGCUUCUCAUUUGAGCUUUCGCCAUCAUAUACACAUGCUCCCACCACCUCCUCAUCAAUGAAGCCUCAACAUGGAGUUCAUAUCAUACUACACAAACUGUAG